AAGAAGAGCACGUUGAUGACUCAGAGCGGUUCUGCGCUUGGACUACAGGAGAGAAAGCAAGGCAAGAGAGCGGCGUUAAUUUAAUAUAGAUUUGUGUCUAUAUUCUGUCUCACAUUAUACGUCAUACUUGUUUUAGCAAGUUACACCUGAGCUGUUGCCGAAGAACUUCUGCGAGGUAGCCAUGUCAGUAACGGAGAUGUUCAGCUACAUCCAGGGCUUUUUAACCGCCGAUCAGGAUAUUCGUGAGGACAUCAGAAAAGUUGUCCAGAUGCUCGAGCAGACCGCCAGGGAGAUCCUCACUAUCCUUCAAAGUGUUCAUCAGCCAAGUGGUUUUAAAGACAUUCCCAGCAAGUGUCUGAAGGCCAGAGAGUUGUUCUGCGCAGUUCAAACUCAAAUUGGUGAACUGAAAACCAAGUUCCCUGUGGAGCAGUAUUACAGAUUUCAUGAGCACUGGAGGUUUGUUCUGCAGCGCCUCACAUUUCUAGCUGCUUUCGUGGUCUAUUUGGAGAGCGAAUCCUUGGUGACGCGAGAGGAGGUGGCGAAAAUACUUGAAAUUGAGGUGGACAGAGAAAAAGGAUUCCAUCUGGACCUUGAAGAUUAUCUAGCUGGAAUUCUUAUUUUGGCCAGUGAACUGUCAAGGCUGGCAGUCAAUAGUGUAACAGCCGGAGACUAUGGGCGCCCUCUUCGUAUCUCAAAUUUUAUCAACGAACUUGAUUCUGGUUUUCGCCUACUAAAUCUGAAAAAUGACCCACUACGUAAACGCUAUGAUGGUCUCAAGUAUGACGUGAAGAAGAUUGAGGAGGUAGUGUAUGACCUGUCAAUCCGGGGCCUUGCCAAGGAGCAGGAAGCCGGGGGAGAUAAGUAGAAAUAAGAGGAACAGAAGAGGCCGUGGGGCAAAUACCCUGACUGGUAUUCUCCAUGAGGGCAAGAGUGGAGACUUAACCUGCCAGAAGGCAGGCGCAUGGAGGAAGAGAAGAUCAGAUGAAAGUGUUGAAGCCCCAGUAGCCUUUGACAGUGGUUUGUAGGCAACUGUCUGCCCUAGUGGAAAGCUGUUCAGACCUACUGUAAUAAAAAUGGGAGAAAUCAUGUUUCUCACUGCUGAUAAGAGAAGUUUACUCAUGUACAGUUCACCUGUAUGCUUGACUUGGAUGUGCCAUUUUGCUGUUUUUUUAUUGAUCUGUGCUGAUCAUCACACCCUUGUAAAUUAAUAUUAAAUAAAUAGAUGGACAUGGUUGA